AUGGUUCAAAAUUAUGAUACAUUCGAGUCAUUCGAGGGAAGCGGCCCAUCAGGCAAAGCAGACUCUAAAGAAAAGGAAGCCUUGAUGGUGGACACAAAGCCUCCAAAGAUCCAAGGCUCCUUUGUAAUGGACAAGCCACUGCCGCAAAAUGGCCACCUGGAACAGGAACCAGCCAAUCCGCAUUUAUCCCACGGGAGCGCCACCAGACAAAUCCUAGCGGCGUUUGUCGCUCAACUAGGAACCGUCAAUACCGGUAUGGCCUUUGGAUUCUCCGCCAUUGCAAUUCCGCAGCUAAGAGCGGUCAACAGCACCAUGCCUAUUGAUGACGUUCAGGAGUCUUGGAUUGCAAGCAUGUCAUCAAUAGGAACGCCAAUAGGCUGCUUCCUAUCGGGCUACCUGAUGGACCAACUAGGCCGCAAGCGUUCUUUAAUCAUCACCGAAAUCCCAGCGUUACUCGGCUGGUUGCUAAUAAGCUUCGCAACCAACAUCGACAUGAUCUACGCCGGGCGCUUCUUCACCGGUCUAGGAUCCGGGAUGGUUGGAGCACCAGCUCGAGUCUACACCAGCGAAGUGACCCAACCCCACUUAAGAGGAAUGCUAACAGCUAUCUCCAGCGUGGGAGUCAGCACCGGAGUCUUGUUAGAAUACGCGAUGGGUGGAGUGACCACCUGGAAGAUCUGCGCAAUGGUCAGCAGCCUGAUUCCCGCAUCAGCUUUGAUCCUAAUGUUCAUGUUCCCGGAGACGCCUUCGUACCUAAUCUCCAGGAACAAGCCCGAAAAGGCGCGUCGUGCUUUAGAACACUUUCGGGGCAGCUCUUACAACCUGACCAAGGAGAUGGACACGCUCAUCAACUUCUCCAACAAGAACAACCUCAAGAGACUGACCAAUCCAAAGGACAUCUUGCACGCCAUCAUGCAGCCAAACGCUCUCAAGCCUUUUGCGCUACUCUUUUUCUACUUCCUGAUUUACCAGUGGUCGGGAACCAACGCGGUGACCUUCUACGCGGUGGACAUCUUCCAGAAAUCUGGCGCCACAAUGAACAAGUACCUUGCUACAACAAUUCUAGGCGUUGUAAGGUUACUUUCGACCAUCCUGGCUUGUGUUUUGUGCAGAAGAUGCGGAAGAAGGCCACUGACCAUGGUGUCUUCGAUAGGCUGCGGUCUUUCUAUGCUAGGUCUUGGCACCUACAUGUGGGUCAACGCCUUCUGGAAGGCCAACAACAUACCCGCUACCUUCACUUGGGUGCCAGUAGUCUGCAUCUUUGCGUACACAAUCGCUUGCACAAUUGGAUUCUUGGUAAUCCCUUGGGUCAUGAUUGGCGAAGUAUAUCCCGUCCAAGUUAGAGGCAUCAUCGGGGGACUCACCACCAUGUCUGCUCAUUGCUUUGUCUUCAUGGUGGUCAAAACAUUCCCGUUUUUGAGAGCGGCCAUUACAGAGCAUGGAACUUUCUUGCUUUACGGGUUUAUUUCUUUAUUUGGGACCAUUUACUUUUACAUUUGCCUACCGGAGACGAAAAACAAAUCGCUGCAAGAGAUUGAGGACUAUUUUUCAGGCAGAAGCUCGAGUCUUAAGACCGGAAGACUUUGCAGUAGGAAGAAAAGUCUGCAGAUUCAAAAAGGAAAUGUUCUGCCGAAGUAA